AAUGCAGCGUUUAAAUUGCCUCCUGGUCCAACUCCUCUUCCGAUCAUUGGUAACCUGCAUUUGGUGGACAUCAGAAGGCAAGAUAAGUCACUAAUGAAGGUAGGACAAAAAACCCAAACCUGGAUCCUCGUGCAUUAUAAAGCUGCCUGGGCUAUAACAGCGCUAAUUUUUGAUCUUUUUUAUAUAAUUUGAACUAAGUAGUAAAGGUGUGGAAACUGCUUUGUAAUAUUUUCUUUCUGGUUUUCUUCUUCAAGUCAAUGUCUGUGUUGGUGCAAUGUCAUUUAUGAGCAAUCAACCGUUAAGCAAAACACCUCUGGGUAAUACGAGAUUUCUUCAUGUAAUUGUGAUGAUGUACAUGAAGUCUGCAGCGCUUGUGGGACUUUAAGUAUUAAUUUGACAGCUCUGACACCCAGAAAAUGUGGACAGCAUUAGGAAAGAACUAGCGUGAACGGAAACGGCUUCCUUCCCUGCGUCCUAGAGAAGCAGAGGGGGAAUGUCGUGAUGCAGUGACCCCAAAUCCAGAUGUCCCAUUACAAAGCCCAUUUCCCUUUUGCAUUAAAGUCUGGACGGCAGCAGAAGGGUGAGAUAGGAAGGUUGAGCUGAAGAACCAGAAGAAGCCUGGAAGCUCUUCCAUUGGCUUGCAAUCAGAACAACUUACCCCUCUCAUGCCGGAGCUGUGUGUUGGUGCCAGGUACAACUGGCACAGCUGGCACUGCAGAUCGCUCCCUCCUCGAGUGAGGGCUCCAUCGCUCCGGUGCUGUGUGAAUGCAGGUGGCUGUCGGGUGUGCAGUGCUGGACUGAGGCUGCAUUGCUGCCUUAUGAGCAGUGCAGGGCUGGGGCAGCUCACCCAGUGUGCUGGGCACAAGUUUGCCUUAAGGCUGUUUCUGAGUGACCUCUGCAUGCUCUCACUGUUGUAUUUGCAGUCACCUAUAUUUGACUUUAAUUUGGGAUUAAUUCAGAGGGGUUAUCCCUGCUCCUCACCCACAGAUAACAUUAAAGCAGUGUCUGCACUGUACUACAGUUGGCUGGGCAAACUGCUGGGGUGCUGCUGGGCAGGUGGGGAUGCACUUUCUCCUCUCCAUGAGCUGUGGUUGCACUGUGUGGGCUGAGGCUGUGUGCAUGCAGCUGGGCAGCACCUGGAGCCACCCACUGCCCUCCUUCAGCCAUUGCAGACCCUUCCCCACUGCGCUGCUCUGCAGCUGUUGCUCCAGUCCCUUGAUCUAGCAGCAGCAGGAGCACAGGAGAGGAGCUCCUGUAUAACAGUGUCACUAUUUGCACUAUUCUGGUCUUUCUCUGGUUUGGUCAACCCGCACUGCCAUCCAAAGUCCAAUUUAACUCCACUUCUCUUUUUUCACUUUCUCCUUAACAAAGAGACCAGAUUAGCAAUGCACUGACAGGGGGUGGGCAAUAAAUUCAAGCACCCUUCUGCUCACCCAUGCAGAACAUCCCAUGCUUAACCACGGGGAGUGCUGGCUGAGGGACUUUCCCCUAUUGCUGACCAUCACAGCUUGCCUCUCUUUCAGCUUGCGGAAGAAUACGGCCCGGUCUUCACCCUCCAUUUUGGCUUCCAGAAAGUUGUGGUCCUGACUGGGUGUGUUCUUCUCUAUUGGCGAUCUGUGGAGAACAACGCGCCGGUUCACCGUCUCCAGCAUGCGCAACCUCGGCAUGGGGAAGCAGAUGAUGGAAGGGAAAGUUUUUGAGGAGCUUCACUUCCUCAUCGAGAAGAUCAAAUCCUUUAAAGGGGAACCUUUCAGCCUGAGGUCCUUCAGCAUUGCUCCGAUCAACAUCACCUUCCUCAUGCUCUUUGGAGACAGGUUUGACUAUAAGGACCCAACAUUUCUCACUCUCCUAAGACUCAUAGAUGAAGUUAUGGUUCUUCUGGGAUCUCCGUACUUGAACUAUUUCAAUUUCUACCCAUUCCUUGGAUUUCUUUUCAAAACCCACAAGAUUUUGCUUAAGAAAAUAGAAGAUGUGCGUGUCAUUAUAAGGCAAUACAUGAAGGCAAGCAGGGAAGAUAUCAAUGAGAACAGUGUGAGGAGCUACACUGACGCCUUGGUAUUCAAGCAGCACGAGGAGAAAAACAAGAAAGACAGCCUCUUCCAUGAUGACAACUUAAUAGCAUCCAUACUCGACCUGGUCAUGGCGGGCACAGAGACCACAGCCACCACGCUGCAGUGGGCCAUCCUGCUGAUGAUGAAAUACCCAGAGAUCCAAAAAAAGGUGCAGGAGGAGAUUGGAAGAACUGUCAAAGCUGGAAGCUGGGCCACGUACGAGGACCGCAAGAACAUGCCAUUCACUAACGCGGUGAUCCACGAAGUGCAGAGGUUCAUCACCCUCCUGCCCCACGUUCCGCGCUGCACCGCUGUGGACACCCACUUCAGGGGAUACUUCCUUCCCAAGGGGAUAAUUGUCAUCCCAUCGCUCACCUCAGUGCUGUUGGAUAAGACGCAGUGGGAGACACCGCACCAGUUCAACCCCAACCACUUCCUCGAUGCUGAAGGGAAUUUUGUCAAGAGGGAGGCUUUCCUGCCCUUCUCCACAGGGCGAAGGAACUGCAUCGGAGAAAGCCUCGCCAAGAUGGAGCUGUUUGUCUUCUUCGUAGGGCUGCUGCAGACGUUCACUUUCCAACCUCAGCCAGGAGUUUCAGAGGCUGACUUGGACCUGACCGUCCCCGAAACGACUUUUACAUUAAGGCCUCGGCCUCAGGCGACCUGUGCCAUCCUGCAUGAGUAGCCAGGGCCUGCAGCGGGUCAGCCAGGCAGGGACACUGCCAAGGCCCAUCUUAGCUAUGCUGGGGCUCUUCACCCCAUCCCAACAUGCCACACUCUGUCAUCUUUCCCUCCCACUGUCUCCGUCCACUCCCACCCCUACAUCUCCCCAUAGGUCACUGACCCGCUCUUUGCUCCCAUGCUGUGGAGGGUGAAGGUAAUCAAUGAGAAAGCACAAUCCUGGUGACCCUCCCAGAGAGGGACACGGAGCAGCUGAAGGACCAUGGGGUGCGUGCCCAUGAGAUGUAGGUGUGACAUUCACACUUCAAUACCAAAGAAGUGAGGCUCACAACACUGCAGAAAUCUGCCCAAAAUUCCCAGUCAAGACACACCAACCUUCACUGGGAGCUGCAGAAAUACGCUGUAGGUGCUUCCUGAGCCAAGCUUUCUAAUCAGCCAGAGCUUCCAGCAAAAUCCCACUGGGGCAGGCAGCCAAGUCAAGCACUGAGAGUUCAAAACAACCCAUCCAUGGGCUGUGGGGAUGAAGUUCUUCCUCCCUGAAACACAGUCCUGAAAGACACCUUAAAGUCUGCAAACCUGUCUAGAUAGCCAAGAGUUGCUGCCACCACAUUCAAUGCUGCUCCACAGUCUGAAUGGAAGAAGAUCUACAUUUAUAAGUUUGCAGUUUACAUUCAUACCAGCAAGUGACCAUAAAAGUCUAAUGAUGCAGGAAAAUAAAGUGACUCAUUUCUAGUUUUA